AUGGAAAGUGAAUUGGUAUUCCACAGUGGAGAGGAAAGUGGUGGUUCAGGAAAAGAGGUUAUCUUGUCAACACAUUACAUAAGGAGGAACUAUAAAUUUCUGAAAAAACAAAUGGAACCAGAUAACUUAGUAGACUAUCUAGUACAGCACAAGAUUUUGACAGAAGAAGAGGAUUCGCGUCUCAUUGGAAAAAAACUACCUCGAGCAAAAAAAUGCGACUUUGUUUUACGUAAAUUGCUACGACAUCCAGGUCAUUUAACAGAAUUAACAACAAUGAUAAAACGCUAUUCCAAAGAGAAAAGAUUUCAUUGUUUUCUUUCUCUUCCACGUUCUGAAACAACCGCAAAUGAAAAUGUUAACACUGUUGAAAACGUUCCAAGCUCCACAUGUUUGAACGAAGUUUUGAGAAGAAACAGGCAUGAGCUUAUGAACGAAAUUAUGUCGAGGAUAUCGGAUAGAAGUGACAGCAUUGUUGACGAUUUCUUAGAGGAAGAUGUUCUAUCUGUGGAUGACCAUGAAGAAGUAUCGGCAGAGAUAAAGAAAUCCAAGGUGGCCAAUUUUCUUCUCGACAGCGUAAGCAAUCAAUUACCAGGGUCAUACCUUAAAUUGCUUUCCAUUCUGAAAAUGCAUGAACUGAACGAUCUUACAAGCCGUCUUUUGAAUGACAUUGACAAGACUGCCUUGAGGGAGAAACUAGGAAACGAGGAAGAAUUAAGAUUUGAAUUUGUAGGUGGUGAACUGCAUAUUUACUUGAAAGCCCCUAUAAUGGAAAAAAUAGGUAAACUCAAAGCGAUAAUCUCCGAUGUGGAUGGUAAUGAAGAGAUAUUUGAGAAAGUGAUUAAUGAAAUCCCUAACCUGGAAGAAUUCUUUGCUCAAAAUACACAUUCUACUUUUGAAAACAUAACGAAAGGAUCUAUUACAAUUGUUCUGCAAGCGGAGUCUACGUAUGCCAUGACGAAGUUAAAACAGUUCAUAGAAAAUGAGGAUUUUUCUAAAUUUUUGGCACAGUUAUUUAAAUCUAAGGAUGUACGACCAUUUUUGACAAACGAAAAGUACAACAUUAAAGUUGAGAUCAGAGAAGUGAAAGAACCAGCAGAUCCAACUUUUGGUGUUUUGCAAUCCAUUGAUCGUCCAAAAUUAGAGACUACGUUUAGAUCGCGUUUGGAGAGAUGUCACAGUUUCCUUUUGGAGGAACUAGAGCCACGAUGUUUACUGAUGGAUCAAGCUGUUGCCGAAAUCUUUGGGUCGUGUUUUGAUAAGUUCAACCAGCCGGGCUUGAGAACGAUAGAAGCUGAAACCUUCUUAGAGUAUCUUAAGAAUCAGUCCGAGGAGAAAAUUAAAUUUGUUCUAGAAAAGCUGAAAGAGAAAAACCAAUAUAUAUACGACCAGCUGUUUCCAGAUACAUCGAAAUAUCAGGAUAUUGAAAUCGAACAAGUCAAAGGAAAUAUUUUGGACACUUUACCGGAGUUACUGGAUAUAGUGAGUAUUCCCUCAUUCCAGACACCUCUGUUGAGUGCUGGGGUAAUAACACCGGAAGCACUGGAUUUUAUACACAAGAGCAGUAAAAGUUGUAGAAUAGAAACUUUGCAGUUUGUCAAAUUGAUUUUACAUAGAGGACCAGAGGCAAUAAAACUUUUUCUCUCAGCUUUGGAAAAUUCAUGUGGCGAAAGCAUAUCUAAAAAUCUUCUACGGCCAAGGAAUGUUGAAACGAUGAGUGCUCAACGGAGAGGACACCCAAAGAUAAACUACAGAGUCUUCAACGAGGAAAGCGGAUUGCUGUUUGAAGGAAAAUUUGUACUAGAACUCGUCAGACAGGCCGGAAGAAAGGAAGAGGACAAGAAUAUAUUUAAGAAAGACAAAGAGCCAACAGUAGGUGCAAAUUUGGAAACACUACCUGAAGACGAUUUGUCCGAGACUAUAUGUUCACUACAAUUGUCCAAAGAAAGCACAAAGGAUGAUGAAACCACAACUGAAAAGCGUGCCUCUCCUUGGAGCUCCUAUUCUUUCAUGCACAUAUAUAUGUUUGUUUUCUUAGCUAUAUUCUUUUUAUUCCUUGGGGUUAUCCUUAGUUACAUGUUGAAACUCGAAAGUAAUUCAGGAUCUUUCAAAAGCAAUGUCUAA